AUGGAGAAAGGCUUUCAUCAACGGCUUGGUCUUGAAUAUAGUGAAACCUUCAGUCCUGUGGUCAAGCUAGUCAUUAUCCGUUUGGUGCUCAUAAUUCCUGUUUCAAAUGAUUUCAAAAAUCUAUUUAAGCUCUUAAGCAAGCACCGCGCAUGUGGUACAACGCGUUACAACAAUGCAAAACCAGCAGGAUCACUAAUGGCCUCAAAUGGAUCUCUUAUAUUACAUGAUGGUAGCCUUACAAUUGAUGCAAAAGAAUACUGCAGUCCUACUCAACUUCAUUGGCAAGCAGCCAAACGGCUAAUUCGAUCCUUAAAAGGCACUAUUUAUCAUGGUUUGUUUCUUCGACCUUACAAAGAAUCAGUCUUAAUGGCAUUUUUAGAUGCUGAUUGGGCAGGGGAUAAGGACAAUUUCCUUUCUACUAGUGCUUAUAUCAUUUACCUUGGAGGCACCCUUGUCACCUGGCGCUCAAAGCACCAAUGCACUGUGGCCCAAUCUUUGAUAGAUGCAAAAUACAGAGCUGUUGCAUCUGCAACAUCUGAACUAUCAUGGAUUGGAUCUUUGCUUCAUGAACUGCAACCUUCUCCGCGCUGCCAUGAUGAUGAGAGCUCUGCUUUGUUACAAUUCAAGGAAAGCUUUACCAUCGAUAAUACCAUUUAUGAUGGUUGUCAUCCAAAGGUUGAAUCCUGGAAACUUGUCAAAGGAGAAAGAGGUGAUUGCUGCUCAUGGGAUGGGGUGCAGUGUGAUGAGGAAACUAAUCAUGUUAUCAGCCUUAACCUUGCUAAUAGUUGUCUCUAUGGCUCCAUCAACUCCAACAACACCCUCUUCCGACUUGUUCACCUCCAUAGCCUAAAUCUAGCCUGGAAUGACUUCAACUUAUCUCAAAUACCAUCCCAAAUAGGCCGCCUCUCAAGGCUGACUCAUCUCAACCUGUCCUUUUCAGGCCUUUCUGGCCAAAUCCCACAACAAAUUUUUAAUCUAUCCAGGUUGAUUUCCCUUGAUCUAUCUCGUUAUUACCAUGGAUUGAAGCUUCACAAUCCCAGUUUCAAAGAUCUAGUUCAACACUUAACCAAUUUGAAAGUACUUCACCUCUCAUCCGUGAGCAUUUCUUCGAGGGUACCUAAACUCUUGGCGAAUUUUUCAUCUUUGGAAUCUAUCCGUCUCAUUGAUUGUGGACUGCAAGGUGAAUUCCCAGUUGGCAUUUUUCAACUUCCAAACCUAAAAAUACUUGAUUUAAGCGAGAACACUGAUCUCAAAGGUUAUUUGCCCCCUUUCCAGUUAAAGAGUCCCCUUAAAUCAUUGAUCCUUUAUGGAACAAAUUUUUUUGGAGAGUUACCUUCCUUGUUUGGAAACCUUGCCUACUUGGAAGAACUCGACAUCUCUGAUUGCAGUUUCACAGGGCAGAUUCCAUACUCAUUCAGUAACCUUUGCAAGCUUGUUUAUCUUGACCUCUCAGAUAAUCACUUUAGCCCAAGUAUUUCUUCAUUCUCUUGGAUUGGCAAUCUAACCAAGAUCACUACUUUGCAACUUGUCGGUCUCAACUUGACAGGUGAGAUCCCAUCUUGGCUCAUGAACCUUACUCAACUUUCUUCUGUAAAUUUGGGUUUCAACCAACUCACCGGUCCUAUCCCAUCUAGCCUUGCCAAACUGAGCAAACUUGAAGAUGUAUUUUUCUGGAACAACCAAUUGUCUGGUCAAAUCCCAUUCCAAAUUUACAAUUUAACCUCGCUAUCUAGUUUAGCACUUUCAUCAAAUGAAUUGCAAGGCUCAAUUCCAAGCAAUGUUUCUCGACUCAAAAAUCUUGAAGGCCUUGACCUUCAUUCAAACAACUUGGUUGGCUCUGUUGACCUGAGCGCAUUCUUGCAGCUAAAAAAGUUGAGUAUAUUUAUUUUAUCAUUUAAUAGCUUAACAUUGAUCACCAAAAAUAGUACAACUGCCAGCACUCCAAAUUUCCGAGUGUUAGGAUUAGCCUCCUGCAAUCUAGCCGGGUUCCCCAGGUUCUUACAUAACCAAGAUCAGUUGAAAUUUCUAGACCUCUCGUCCAACAACAUACAGGGCAAAAUUCCUUCAUGGAUGUGUAGCAUAAGUACAAAUUACUUGGACUAUUUGAACCUUUCUCAUAACCUUUUAACUGGUUUUGAAAAAGAACCAGCUCUUUUUCAAUGGGCUCAAAUACGCAUAUUAGACCUCAGGUCUAAUAAGCUCCACGGAUCUCUCCCACUUCCUCCAACAUCCACCUGUUCCUACCUAAUUUCACACAACAAAUUGGUUGGUGGAGUUUCAGCAUUGCUAUGCAAAUUAAGUGCUCUUGAAACUCUGGAUUUAUCUGUCAACAAUUUGAGUGGCAGUCUUCCCCAUUGUUUGGGCAAUUUAAGUGAUUCCUUAUCAUUGUUGGAACUAAGAAGAAACAACUUCAAUGGAAGUAUUCCUUCAACAUGGAGAACUGGAUGCAAAUUGAGAAUGAUUAGCAUCGGUUAUAAUCAAUUACAAGGGAAAGUACCAAGAACUUUAGCCAAGUGUUCAUCAUUAGAGUUGAUUGAUUUUGGUAACAACCUUAUAAUUGAUAGAUUUCCUUCUUGGCUACGAAAUCUUCAAGACUUGAGAAUUCUUAUUCUGCGAUCCAAUGGUUUUUAUGGUGUGAUAGACAAACCACAAGCCAAAGGAUUCUCAAAUCUUCGAGUCAUCGAUUUAUCUCACAACAGUUUCACUGGAAAGUUGUCAUCAAUACACUUUGAAAUAUGGGAUGCCAUGAAAGUUAUAAAUGCAAGCCUGAUGACAUAUAUGGGAGACAGUAUGGGGCCUAACGACUGGUUUCCCGCUGGCGCAUAUUAUGGUCAAUAUGAUUAUUCAAUGCUUAUGUAUAACAAAGGAUUGGAAUUGGAAUAUAGAAAGAUCCCAAGUAUUUUAACUGCCAUUGAUUUCUCCUACAACAAAUUUGAAGGAGAGAUACCAGAUAUCAUUGGGAAUCUUCAACAACUUUAUUUGCUCAACCUUUCCAACAACUUGUUGAAUGGUCAUAUACCAUCAUCUUUAGCAAAUUUGACAGAAUUAGAAUGUUUGGACCUAUCAAGAAACAUGCUCUCAGGAAAGUUACCUCCAGAGCUAAGUAAGCUCACCUUCCUUUCUUCUUUUGAUGUUUCUUAUAAUCAGCUUGAAGGAUCCAUUCCGCGAGGGAACCAAUUUGAUACAUUUGAGAGCAAUCAAUAUGAAGGAAAUAAGGGAUUAUGUGGAGCUCCUUUGAAAAAGAAAUGUGAAAAUUUUGAGGCAUCACCACAAGAACGUUCAAAUGUUGUAGAAGAUGAUGACACAGGUUCUGUAUUUGAAUUUAAGUGGAUGAUAGUUUUGAUAGGUUAUGGGAGUGGAUUCAUAUUUGGUGUGGUUGUUGGGCACAAAAUCACCAGAAAGAAACACGAUUGGUUUGUGAAGACUUUUGGAAGGAAACAACAACACAGAAGUCAAAGGGUGAACAGGAGGAGAAGUAGAAGUUGA